AUGGAUCUUGCUGCUAUUGAAAUUCGAGCACUUGUAAAACAAGCACAUGAACAUUAUAUAAUGAGCUAUGCCAGCAAAAUUGGACGAGCUCUAAUACGUCCUAUAAAACGAAAGGAAACAAUGGAUACUUAUAUGCCAUCGUCAAAUCCAGAGGAAUCGUCACUAUUUCAACCUGCUAUUAAACGAAAACUUAUUGAAGAUAAAGAAGACCAACAAGAGCAACAGCAACUAAUUACAAAUGGUCAACUGAUCGUUGUUUCUGAUCAUAAUGAUGAUGCAAUGAUGCCCGACGAAACACGAGAACCACGUCUUGACCACGUUGAAAUUUUUGUUAAUCAUAUAUGUGAACGAAUGCAAACUCGAAUAUCAAAAGAUCAAAAUGCAAAAAUUCAUGAAGAUUCCAGUUGA